UGGCUCCCGGAGGCCGGAAGUGCAUGCGUCCGCCGGAAGUGUUCCUACUGCGAGCGUCCGCCAGGCCGGGACCCUCAGAGAUCAAAAUGGCUUCCAGAGGAAAGACAGAGACAAGCAAAUUAAAGCAGAAUUUAGAAGAACAAUUGGAUAGACUAAUGCAGCAAUUACAAGAUCUGGAGGAAUGCAGAGAAGAACUUGAUGCAGAUGAAUAUGAGGAAACCAAAAAGGAAACUCUGGAGCAACUAAGUGAAUUUAAUGAUUCACUGAAGAAAAUUAUGUCUGGAAAUAUGACUUUGGUGGAUGAGCUAAGUGGAAUGCAACUGGCUAUCCAGGCAGCUAUCAGCCAGGCCUUUAAAACUCCAGAGGUCAUCAGGUUAUUUGCAAAGAAACAACCAGGUCAGCUUCGGACAAGGUUAGCAGAGAUGGAUAGAGAUCUCAUGGUAGGAAAGCUGGAAAGAGGCCUGUAUACUCAGCAGAAAGUGGAGAUACUAACAGCUCUCAGGAAACUUGGAGAGAAGCUGACUGCAGAUGAUGAGGCCUUCUUGUCAGCAAAUGCAGGUGCUAUACUCAGUCAAUUUGAGAAAGUCUCUACGGACCUUGGCUCUGGAGACAAAGUUCUUGCAUUGGCAAGUUUUGAGGUUGAAAAAACAAAAAAAGACAUGGUGUGGAGCUUGGGACAUUGAUCACAUUCUUCCUAUAAAUGGCGUUUGUCUUUAGGGAUUUUGAAUCACUGCAAAGAAAUCAAAAGAGAUUCUUGAAAUGCACUGAUAACCUAAGAAAAGGUGACAGAAAAACAUACUUGUGUCUUCUGGUUAUACCCUUCAUCAUUGUGCUUUGUGUAGGGCUGCCUGCCUGAGUCAUCCUAGACUUCCUGGGAUGAGGGACCCUUUGGACCCUAUUCAUUAUAGCGGUGUGUUUGAGAGAGAGAACAGUAAACGGUUCCUCUGCCUGUUUUUAUUAAGCUUCCUUGUUUUUAAGUGCUGAUAGUAAAUGAAAAGAUGUGAACUAAUGAUUCUUCUCUGUUGAUAAUUUGUCCCUACUUAUUGGAUUGAAUGGUGUACCAACAUCAAUAGACCUCAUGAGCGGGCAUAGAAUUUUAGAGAUCUAAGUGAUCUUAGAAAUCAUUUUCAUUUUAUAAACAAGGAAAUUGAGGCUCAGAAAGAGCAAGUUGACUUGCUUAAAGUCACAUCCAAGACAGAGCUGGUGAUAGACCUGGGUGUCCUGACUCUCAGCUUAGGGUCUGUUGAAUUUUAUUUCUGUAUUUUGUGCUGUCUUUAAAAACCAAUUAACACAAAAAAAAAAAAAAAAAAAAAAAAAAAAAAAAAACAA